AUGUCGCUUCCGUUCUCCAGUCAGCCUCCUGCCUCGCGGGUUCCCUAUGCCAUCCCUCAGCUCGAGGGCGAGCGCAUCACCAUCCCUGGAAGCAAAGGUAGCGGCGCGAGUCUCUCUGAUGCACCGGGAUUUCACUACCACAACUACGCCCACGAUGUCUUUCUGGUAACAAAAGGAUACCUGAAGCUGUGGAACGGAGACCAAUGUCGAAUAAUGGCUCCCGGCGAUUUCGCCUAUGUGCCUCCGACCGUCAUUCACAACCCCGAAAUGAUUGGCCCGCACACCGAGAUCCAGGGAUUAAUUACUCCGGGUGACUGGGUCGACUUCUUCCGCUAUGUUUCAGAGCCCUACGAAGGCAUCCUGGUCCCCGAAACCGACAAUCGCGACCUCAAGUCCAUUUUGAUCCCGAAGGUGAUGGCUGCCAAGGAGAAAUUCGACGUGGUGUUCCAACCCCAUUACGUUCCCCCGGAAGUGAGUGACUGGACCAAGGAUAAUGAAAAGUUGCCCAAGGGUAAUGAGAGAUACUUCCUGCGUGCCAAUACCGGCCCCCGAUGGAUGCUGGGUGGAGUGAUGUCGCGCCCCUUCGUCACCACCAAGCAAAGCACCGGGGUGUGUGCCAUCUCGAGCAUUGAGUCUUCCAAGGAGUAUGGCGAGACUGUGUUUUCGAAAUUCAUGGCCUUCAACACGGUGGACCAUUGUUUCUGUGUCAUGGAGGGUAUUCUGAAGGUCAGCCUGCAGGGUUCCGGCCAGACUCUCUUCCGUGAAGGCGAGACCGUCGUCAUUCCCGCUGGUCAGGCCUUCUCCCUCGGCUUCGAGAGCAAAUAUGUUAAGGUCCACUCUUUCUCCGAUGGUGAUGGAAUUGAGUCUUUAAUCCACCAACUGGGCAAGCCUCUUGAGCAGGUUGUUUUGCCCGAACAGGCUCCAGAAUGGGACGCGUCUCGGUUUGCCACCGUGGCGGAGCGUCUAAACGUGACACUCUCGUCAUAG